ACGAUAUAUCAACUUCAUGUUUUGGUUAUCGUGCAAAGCUGUACUCUUUAAUUUGUUUUGGUUUUUUUUUCUGUCGUGCAUAUGCUAAAGUUGAAUCUGCUGCAGCUUUAAUAUGCAUAAUGUGAAAUGCUCAAGGAAAGCAUUAUAUUAUCUAGCAGUUAAUUUAUAUUUGAAUAAAAUAAUAACAUGUUAAUGAUUUGGAGAAGAGUUCCUAGAAGCGAUCGAUGAUUUUUGGUUCUGACACUUUUGAAGUUCAACUAGUCUUGUUACUACAAUAAUGUUUUGCCUCCUCUUAAGAAAUCCAUAAUUAUCAAUGCCAAACAUCAGAGCUAAGUGGAAGGAAUAUGGGUGAAUUGCAGUGUACUCUGGAGUUUUCUGUUGAGCUUCAUAAAUUCAUAAAUGUUGACUUGUUCCAAAGAGGUUUUUACCAAGUAAGGAGUACAUUGAAAGCAUCACCAAAGCUUCCAGUAAAAGUUGAAGUUAAUUUGCCUAAGAAUUCAUCUUGUACCCUUGUAUUUCCUGCCUGCAUUGUAAAUGGUACAGCUGUUAGUAAAACAUUUCAGAUCCUUUAUAAAAAUGAAGAAGUCAUUUUGGAUGACAUAAUUAUUUUUAAAGUGCAUACUCUUGUUGAAGGUCACAGGGUCAGAGAGUCGCUUUUAAAGGCAGAUUUCCAGAUACUUGUUGAGUUGUGGUUCACGGACCAAUCAUUUGGACCUGACCAACAUAAUUCCAUCCAUUGUGUCAGUACAAGAACUUUACUUCUGCAUUUUGAUCCAGCUAGAGGAUUACAUCACCAUAUACCAUUAUUGUUUGAUUACUUCCAUUUAUGUGCUGUAACUAUUACCAUCCAUGCAUCUAUUAUAGCUAUUUGUCAGCCAUACCUCAGGAAAGGUAUGAUUGUGUCUUUCCAUCAAACAAGUAUACAAAAGCCCUCUAAACAAGCGUUUCUCACUGGAAGUCCACGUCUUUCAAACAAAAAAUCUCAUUCCAGUAUGGAGACAGUAUUUUUUGGACCUCAGGUGGGGCGUUCUGUGCCAUCUGCCACUCGUUUAUAUAGAGCUCACCUAGUUCACUGGGAACUCUGUAGCAUCUUGCUUUCAGCUCAUAACUGUUUAUGUAGAAAAUUGUUGGAAUAUAUGACACUGUUACCUCCUUGGCAGCAAUUAAAAUUAGAUUCCGUCGAGAGCACUUCCUGUUUAGAAAAUAUGAGUGAUUUUGCAAAGGAAUGUCAUAAGCAUGUGAAGAGUGGCUUAGUUCCAUCCAAAGAGCAGCUAUUUGGUCCUUAUGAGGGAAUGGAUUCUGAAGAUGAGUUUUUGAUGAAAGCUAACAGUGAUAUUGCUCAAAUAUGUGGUGCUAUCAUAAUCCUUUGGCAAAAAUUUCUGGAAACUGUUCUUGGAAGAGAAAAAAUACGUCAACAUUUAUCUCGUCAGAGACAUUUUCAACGUGUAAAACGUUUUUCAGAAGCCUUUUUUAUAAUAGAGAGAACCAGAGAUUCUGCUUUAGUUCCUUGUGAUAGCAGUGUGGAAGCUUAUCAAGAAGUUUCAGAAAGUUUGAGGAAAUCAGCGUAUCUGAAUUUACUACCUCCUUUAGAAGUUGAAUGUAUUGAAUUUGAUGGGGAUUUAAAUUCGUUACCAAUUGUUUAUGAAGAGCAUUAUCAAGAAACAGCUCGAAGAGGUUCAGGAAACAGUCAAAGCUCACAGUCGGAUUCUAAUGUUAGUCUUACCGAUGUGAAUUUCCUUGUGGAAGAAAGUACAGAUGAUACUGAUGCAAGUAGACGUACUUCUCAGGGUUCUCUUGGACAAAAAUACAGAUCACCUGACAUUUCUGCUACUCCAACUAGUCCAUCUGCUUAUUCUUGGUGUCCUGAAUCAGUUCCUGCUCCAGUAUCAGGAAAAUCUAGCUCUGUGACAUCAAAGAAACCAUCUUUAAAAGAUAAAUUCUUCCAUAAUUUUAAAGAAAAUGAAUAUGAAGAAUAUGCUGUACCUUCUGGUCCUUUCUCUAGAAUUAAUCAAAAGAUUGCUGUUAGAUCAAAAAUGAAAUUUAGAUCUAGAACAGUUAAUUUUCUUCGUCAGUUGAAAAAACCUCAGUUCGGUCAAACUCCAAGUACUGUAGUUCUAUUAGGUGUCAAAAAAUUAGAUUCAUGUCACACAGUCGCAUGUGGAUUAGCUAAAUCAACUAGAAUACCAUUCGCUUUCGAAAAAGGUAUACGCCAUUCACAAAGUACACUUUCUGUGAUGAGUACCUUGUAUGCAGAAGGUAAUUCAACUAUUCCAAAUAGUGAAUCUAUGCCAGAUUUAUCAUCAGGUUAUGUUCCUCCACCCCCUCCACCACCAGUGUUACAAAAAACACAGAUUAUGAAUGGCAAUUACGAAAACAAAUUAAAUGAUUUAUCGAAAGAUAAUUCAGACAAAUCAUCUUCUAGUCUAUCUUAUUUAGUGCCAGAAAAAUCUAAUUAUAACAAAAUUUCAUCACCAAAUCACUUUGCCAAGACCAAUAAAUUUUCUUACACUGAUAUAGAACUAGCAAAUAAAUAUGCUUCUUUGAAAAAGAAUAAUGAAAAAAUCGCUGAAAAUGGAGUUGAUGGUAAUAUUUCUUUAAAGUGUCCUAGUUCCAAAGGUUUUGCGGAUGACUUUUCUACCCAUUCAGCUGCCAAAAUUCAAUCUAAUAAACAUUCAGAAUCAAUUGUUUCAAACCAGCCUUUGAAGUCGGAAGGUAAAAGUCCAUUUAAUAUUGUAGAAAAGAAAAGGGUUUAUAAAUAUGAUCCUCCUCCUCCACUAUCUAUUAAUUCAACAGAUGCAACUACUUCAGGGAAUGAAACAAAAUCUAAUUCUAGUGUUUGUGAUAUGUGCCCUCCUUCACCUCCAAUUCAGUUUAAAGAUCCACCCACAAGUAAUGGACAAAAUGUUUCUUGUUCCUCCAAAAUCGAAAAAGUGUCAAAAACAAAGAAGAAAAAACAUCCCAUUGAAAUGGCUGCCAAAACUAAUUCAUCAUGGUCUAAUGAUAGCUGCUUAACAAGUAUAAUUUGCCAAGGUACUCUUUUCUUUCCCAAACCUCCAGCUCAAUUUGGAGAUGAUGCUGAAACAACUUCAGAAAGUGAUCAGAAUUUCAAAAACUCACCUGAAAAAUCAAGUAAUGUUAAAGAACCUUCUAGCAUUUCGAAAGAUACAGAUACAAAUGAUGAUUUUGCUGAAUCAGCGGAUAAUGCAAAUGCUAAAACUAUGCAAGAUAAUAUAGCUUUUUUUGAUACCAAAUGUACUAUAUUCGAGAUGUUAAAUGAUCUGUCAGAGACCAAUGAUUCAUAUUCUUUCGCACCUGAUAAUAUAACUGGAGCUCCUGUAAGCUCCAAUGAACGCCAAAGGAGUUACAGCCUUAAUGUAGAAAAUUCUAAUGAUGAAGAAACUCCUAGUGUCCGUAGGGCAUCUGUUAUUGGAACUGAAAUGAUCAGCUUUGUGAAAGCAAAAGAAGAAUUUAGAAAACAAUUACAGUAUCCUUGGUUAUGGUACAGUGACUUCCCUAGCCUUGCAUCUGAUGUGCCGUAUUUUCAAUGUGACAAUGACUUAAGAGCUUUUAGUCCUGAGGGUAUGCAUAUGGUAGUGUGUGUUCAUGGACUGGAUGGAAAUAGUGCCGAUUUGAGAUUGGUUAAGACAUAUUUAGAGUUGGGAUUGCCGACUGUUAAUUUUGAAUUUUUGAUGUCAGAAAGAAAUCAGGGCGAAACAUUUGAUGAUUUCGAUACUAUGACAGAUCGUUUAGUCUCUGAAGUUAGUUAUUAUAUUGAAGUCUAUGGGUUGAAACCUGCAAAAAUUAGCUUUAUUGGUCAUUCUUUGGGUAAUAUUAUCAUACGUUCUGCUCUUACUCGACCAGAAAUGAAACCAUACUUAAGUAAAUUGCAUACAUUUUUGUCUUUAUCUGGCCCUCACUUGGGGACUCUAUAUAACAGCAGUGGGCUGGUAAAUAUGGGCAUGUGGUUCAUGCAAAAGUGGAAGAAAUCUGGUUCUUUGCUUCAGUUAUCAAUGAAAGAUGCUUCAGAUCUGAGGCAAACAUUUUUGUAUAAAUUGAGUCAAAAACCUGGUCUUGAACAUUUUCGCAAUAUCUUGUUAUUUGGAUCUUCUCAAGAUCGAUAUGUACCUCUCCAUUCUGCUCGAAUUGAGCUCUGUAAGCCUGCCCUUAAAGAUACGUCCUUACAAGGUGUGGUUUAUCGAGAAAUGGUAACCAACCUAAUGCAGCCAAUCAUCCAGAAUCCAGAUAUUGCCCUCCUUAGGUAUGAUGUCCAUCAUGCUCUGCCUAGUAGUGCCAAUUCUCUGAUAGGCCGUGCUGCCCAUAUUGCCGUCUUAGACUCUGAAUUGUUUAUUGAGAAAUUUUUAGCUGUUUGUGGAUUAAGAUUUUUUACCUAGUUUGUACAUAUUAAAUUGAACAAAUAUUGUUGCAAUUAUUCUGUGAUGCUUGAAUAUAACCAUUUAAAAAAAGAAAAUAUUAUCUUAUGGUGCCAUUAAUGUGACAGUUGUAAAUCGUUAUUUUAAAGUUAUUUAGUUGAUCUGAUAAAAAUGAAAUGAUGUCUACAUAAAGCCCAAAUCUAUGUAUAAAGUUUUAUACUGUUUUUUAAUUACUUUUAUACUCAGUAUAUCUUUAUACUUUUUAUUAGUAAGGAAUUCAGUAAUAUAUAACAAUAGUGAAAUUCAUAGAAUUUGUACAAGAAUUGUAAUUAUUUAAGAGUUAUUCAUAUAUUUCUUAAAUUAUGUUUAUAAAAACAGAAUAAUUGAUAUUAAAUUUUUUUAAAGAAACAUGAAAAAGUUACUGCUGAUGGAGUUAAUUACUUUUCCUUAUUUCUUGUGUUCUGUUCCUUAAUUUUUUAAAAACAGUUCUUUCAUCGUUGUUAGCGAAAUUUCGUCUUAGUUUAGUGAAUUUAAUUGUGCAUAUUAAAGUCAAAUCUAUAAUGCAAUCCGGGUUUUUGAAAUAAUUUUGUUGAGAAAUAUAUAAAUUCUCAAAGUUGAAGGAACGUUUACAGGACAUAAAUUUCUUGCUUGAUUAUAAGAUUAAAGUAAUUUGCUAGGUGAUUGUAAAGUCAUUGCCGUUUUCCGUGUGCGUUAAUGUUUAGUCUGGAAAACUGUUUAAUAUGUAGUCUUUCAGACGCUGGUGAGCUUUUGCAGUUGUGAUAUUGACCGUAUGUCCGACCGAUUUGAAAAAAAGUUCGCUAUGUUUUUAUUUGUCUUGAUUUAAUCAUAGAUCGAGUAGUAAGAUAUGGUCUAGUAUGAUCCUCAAUAGCUCAACUAUGUGCCAGUUUUGUAGAUUAUUAAAAAGGAACAAAUAAUUCAUUAUAUUAGUGAGUAGUUUAAUUGCAGCAUAUUCUUCAUAGAAGCACACACAGAGACCCACCGUAAUUUUUAAAAUAAAUUGUUUAUUUCUUUUACUGUAUAAUAUAGUUAUAUCCAAUUUUUUUAUGUUCUGUUAAAAAUUUAAUUAGUUCAUCUGCAGUUUAAAUUAUUGUCCAUUCUCUUCCAUUUCAGUAUUUGUGAAAAUACUUAUCAGUGGUCUUUUUUUAAAAAAACUACUUAUAGAUAUUUAAUAUUUUGCUAUACACGUGCGUAUGUCAAUGAGCUUAAAACAGCAUUGAAAUUUUUUGUCAUUUUAGCAGCUUUUAUGCUUUCACUAAUGUUUUUUUUUUUUUUGGUUGAAAAAUUAUUUAUUUCUGCUUGCAGAUGCGAGGAAACCUAUAUCGGUUAAUUUAUCGUUAGAUUAAACAUAUGAGACGAUUUUAUACAUUGUUUUUUUUAUUUGAAAAAUCUUGUAUGUACAAGCCAGUCAUUAACACUUUAAAUAAUCGCCUAGCGUUUUUGAGGCGUCAAAAGGGGGUUUCUCUUUUAAAGAUUCUGCCUACACCAGACUCCCUUUUCUUCAAGUUAUUAACUAAUGAAUUUAUUUCAUUUGUUUUCUGUUGAACUAUUGAAAUAAUAAAAUUACUAAUAUCUGCAGCUAAUUCUAUGAACAUCAAAAUAAUUAUGGAGAUGUUCUUUGUUUAUACUUGAUUUUGCAGCUAAUUUGUCUUUCUGAGUCAUAGUUAAUAGAUUCUUCAAAACGGCAAUUUCUUUUGAAUCUUCCUAGUGUAUUCAAUAGAAUAUCUUUCACAGUUAAGACCCAGUGUUAAAAGCUGAUUAAUUUUUAUUAUAAUUGCUUAGUAGCAUCAUUUAUUAAAUUAUUUAAAAAAUCAUUUUUGUCUUUCACAUUUUGCAUCCUGGCACAUCAGAUUAAAAUUUCAAAAAACAAUACAACACUCUUAAUAGGCAUCUCUUUAUGGAUAUAAAAUGAAUUUUAGUCUUGCAAGCUUAUUUUCUCAACAGUUGUGUUUUUGUGCAGCUUUCUUUGAGGAUACAAAAUGUUUUUGAGACGCUUAAAUUUGUCAGUAGUAUUUGUGUGGUGGAAUUUUUAAGCGUGUAAACUUUAAAACUUUCUUAAUGUUAUGCAUUAUAAAAAUUUAAAAUAAAUCCUAUUUAUCUUAUUUUUGCAAAGCUUAGUGAAUACUUAUACUGCGUUUUUAAGUACCUUAUUUUUCAGAAUAAUCUUUUUCAGUUUCUGAUUUAUUAAAUGAUUUAUCUCUGUUUUAAAUAUGCGAGCAUGUUCGUAUAUUUGAAUUUUCUGAAAUUAGUACUCUAAGAUAUUGAGUAGGGUUUGAAUGGACUAAUAAUUAUUUUGAUAUUCAUUGGACCAAAUCCAGUGUCCAUGGACUCAAAGACACAAUUUCAAGGGGAAGAUGAAAUUCAUUAUUUGCAUAUAAUAUGAGUAUAAUCUGUAAUGUAUGGUCAUCUUUUCGUAGUCAUAGACUAUUUUUAAACCUUUUUGACUUGCUUUAUUUAGUGUAUACUCUCGCAUGAUCUGAUCAAAAUAUUCUUAAAAAAUCACAUUUCCUAACUUUAUAUAAGGAAGAUUUUCCUUUCUUUCCAUGGCUGUAUUGCCAAAUAAACUUUCAGAUAUUUUUUGUCUUGUUUGCAUUGUUUCUCAAAACAAUUACAUUUAGAUAAAAGUUAUUUUCCCUUUAAUUCUUCAUUUCACUCAAGUGUGAAAUGAACGGAAGAAAUAAUGGUUAUUUCUCUCUGUAUUUUCCCUUAUUCCUUAUAGUUUUUAUAUUUUAUUUCAUAGCGGUUGAGCAACCACCACAUCUUAAAUUUUCUUUUCCCGUUCUUUUUAUACGCUUGCACGUCAUAAUAAUUAAGAGACUCUACUCACAAUUGUACAAACUUCAACAAGUUGCUAAUUUUUCUUCCUGUUUUCAUUGCUAUAUUUCAUAAGUCUUCACAAAUUGUAUUGAUUUGAAAUGAAGAUUUAAAAUGAGUAUGAUCUGAAACACUUUUCUUUAUUUCACCAUUUUAUGAAUUUAUUUAUUUAUUCUCUUGUUGCAUGUUUUUAAAUAUAUUUUUAAUUUAUUAAAUCUA